UACAGUCUGAUUAUACAGUCGCACCGGUGGGGAUGCCCUGACGACAUCCGCCCUCUUGGAACCCAACAAUGUCGACUCUGUUAACGCCCGGUGGUUGCCUCGAGGUGGCAAUUGGGUCACUCAAGGUCAACGCACGCCCUUUCAAGCUCACCAUUGCGAUGUCUUAGCCGCGGGAUAGUUUGAAUGAUCUGAUCAGUUCGAGCAUGGAGGUCAUGGAUGACAUUACAAUUGUGCACUUUUGGGGCGCUUGUCCAGAUGCCAAAGUCUUCAAGAAGCCGUCGACAUGCACGAUCCCUCCUUACAAGUCCAAGGACGACAUCAAGGGCAUUUUAGUUGAGCCGAAGGAAUUUGCGCUCUCUUUGGACGCCCGAACCAAGCGCCUCGUCCGUUCAUUUACCUACACCAUCGGCUGCAGUGACGUGCCGCCGAGUGUGGAGGACGGGGGCGCCAUUACGAACAACUCGACGACCUUGCUGCCCAGUGGCAGCAGUGCAAAGAAGAAAAGGAACGCCAACUUCAAGCGCGGAUGCAGAAAAUGA